AUGGCCUUUAGAAUUUCAUCUGGCGAUUUCUAGCUUGAUGAUUUUCAUAGUUAAGGAAAUGGGUUGGUAAUACUAACUUGGCUAAUCUGGUUAAUAGCAGUUAUGACUUUGUAUAUAGUAUUCAUGAACUUCAUAAUAGCAGUGAUUUCAGAAUCCUAUGAGAGAGUGAUGUAAAAAUUAAUAGCAGAAUCAUACAGAGUUAAGGCUAAUUUGACUGUUGAGAGGGAACAGUUUUUCAGUAGCGAAGAUUUAAAAAGCACAAAAUAUUUCCCACAAUACAUUGUUGUUAGAAGACCAUUAAAUGCAGUGAUAAAGGAAGAUGGGGAGUGGUAAGGAUUUAUUAAAGACCUGAAGUAUACUAUAAGGACCACUGUAGCUAAAUCUAAGGCAGAUAUUAUUUAAAAUUUACACCAACUAUAAACUUAGAAUAAUCAGAAGCUAGAUAAAAUUGAUGAAGUACUAGCUUUGCAUUAAAAGCAAUUUACUAAUGAUGGUCUGGAUGAAAAAAUUAAAAUUUUGAGUGAAAAACAUGACCAAGUCUGUGAGAGUAGCAAAAAAGAUUUAUAAAUCCUAAAAACUGAUUUAGAUGAGCUAGCUAUUGGUCUUGAACUACAAAAUAAAGACUUUAAUAUCAAAGUUGAUGGUCUUGAUAAACAAGCUAAAGGACUUGAUAUUAAAGUUGCUAAAAUUCAAGAUGACAUUGAAUUCAUCAAGAACUCCUUAACUUAAUUACUUCCAAAAUAUAAUCAGUGA